UAAACCACUUUUUCCUUAAAAACAACAAGUGUUUGAUUUCAGUUUCAUUGUUUUGUUUUUUUUUUAAAAUAUAACUAUAAAACCCAACAUAAAUCCAAACCCAGAACUUUGUUUUUACUUCUGGUUUGGUCGUUGCGUUUUUGAUCUGAUUGGAAGAAAAGAAAAGAAAAGAAAAGAAAAGGGUGAGAAUGGAUAGGUACCAGAGAGUGGAGAAGCCAAAAGCAGAGAUUCCAAUAAUCGAAAACGAAAUCAGGAUAACCACACAAGGCAGAAUAAGGAAUUAUAUUACUUAUGCUACUACUCUACUCUUAGAGAAAGGGUCCAAUGAGAUAGUUCUUAAAGCAAUGGGAAGAGCUAUUAAUAAGACUGUGAUGAUUGCAGAGCUAAUCAAGAGGAGAGUUGCUGAUCUUCAUCAAAUUACUUCAAUUGGUUCGACUGAUAUUACAGAUAUGUGGGAACCCCUAGAAGAAGGCUUGCUCCCUCUAGAGAUUACCCGUCAUGUAUCGAUGAUCACUGUUACGUUAUCGAAGAAGGAGCUGGAUAUGUCUUCCACUGGAUAUCAACCACCUCUUCAGGCUGAUCAAGUGAAACCCUUAAAUGAAUACGAAGAUGAUGGAGCUCCUGAACCUCCACCAAAGACACGAGGAAGAGGACGAGGUGGUCGAGGAAGAAUUAGGGCUAAAGGUGACACACAAGGUGUUAUAGGGGAAUAUAAUGGUGAUGGUUUAGGAGGCAAAGGUAGAGGACGUGGAAGAGGGCGUUCUUUCCGGGGUCGAGGACGAGGCGGUGCCUAUGGUGGUGGAGGAUACUAUGGCGUCUAUUCUGAAUCAGAUGCAGCCCUUACCCAAGUUCGUGGGCGUGGCCGAGAGAGGGGAAGAGGUGGCCGUGGCCGUGGUGGAGGCGGUCGUGGUCGUUAUUCGAAGACGGAACCUGGGCCAAACCAAGCAAAAGCCGCUUGACAUCUUGUUGUUGAUAUAUGUGGAUGCCUGCUCUGCUUGUAUCUCCAUCAACCAUGAAGUCCACAAUAUUUAUGCCAUAUUACUAGCUUUGCUUGCAAGUUUUCUUUUUGGUCAUUUCAACUAGAUAAAGUCUCUUUUUACUCUUAAUUUACAUAUACCUAGAACAUUUGUACAAUUUUUUUCAACUUUUUUUUUUGUUUUUUUAAAAUAGAAAUAAUAGAGCAGCA